AUGCUUUUAUGUAGAUAUGAAGUAAUUACAACACCGACAGAUAUAAUUAUGGUUAUGGAGUAUGCUGGCGGCGAAUUGUUUAAUUUCAUAGUCGAGAGAGGAAAGAUGUCUGAAGAAGAUGCACGUCGUUUCUUUCAACAAAUAAUCUGUGCAGCGGAAUACUGCCAUCGACACAAAAUUGCCCAUAGAGAUUUAAAACCCGAAAAGUACAGUUUUCUCGAAGAUCCCUAUCAUAACGUCAAAAUCGCCGAUUUUGGACUGUCCAAUAUAAUGACUGAUGGCGAUUUUUUGAAGACCAGCUGCGGGAGUCCAAAUUACGCUGCGCCAGAGGUUAUUUCAGGAAAGCUAUAUGCUGGGCCAGAGGUUGAUGUUUGGAGUUGUGGAGUUAUCUUGUACGUAAUGUUAUGUGGCCGGCUGCCGUUUGAUGAUGAAUACAUUCCGACUUUGUUUAAAAAGAUCAAUGACGGCAUUUAUACGCUUCCACCUUUUCUUUCCAUCGAGACCAAAUACCUUCUGUCGUCAAUGCUCAUAGUUGAUCCUCUUAAACGGAUUACCAUCGCUCAAUUAAGAGAGAACCCAUGGUUCAAUACAGGUUUGCCUGAAUACCUUAAACCCCUCCCCGUGAGCGAGGAAGAUCCAUUUGCAGAUAUUGACGAGGACAUCGUAUCAGAGCUACGAAAGGCACUACAAGAAUCUGACAACAAUCAAAUAAAAGUUGCAUACCAGCUUGUUGUCGAUCAUAAACGGAUGAUAGAUGCAGGGAAAAUGCGAGAGCUAAAAAAUAUCCAGAGCUUUCUUGCAUCUUCUCCGCCAUCAUGGAACGUUAUGCAGCCAUUGAGCGCAACAAGCUUUGCUAAUGAAGAGUUGAGUGCCCCAUCCAGCAUAGAAGUUUUAAGCUCCAGUCUACCCUAUCAGGAAGAGUACUCACAAAAUCGUCGUCAUCCCUACCGAUCUUUUUCGGAAAUGUCUUCUCGAAACUUUUUACCAGACAAACGCACGAGAACUCGAUCCAAAUGGCAUUUUGGAAUAAGAUCACGGAAUCCGCCAUUGGAGGUUAUGCUCGAGAUCUAUCGAGCAUUAAAGAAUUUGGGAAUGGAUUGGAAGACAAUUGAUCCGUUUCAUGUACGAUGCCGCUAUUGCUACGAGAAUGAUCUUCAGGUGAAGGUCGAUGUUCAGCUUUACAAGCUAAACAUAAAUCACUAUCUUGUUGAUUUCAAGAACGUAUCAUAUGAUGGAGUCGACGGAAAAGUGGUAUCGGAAGAAGAGAAAACACAGAAUCAUAAUCUCGGCAAAGAGGUCACUUCGCUAUUUCCAUUCUUCGAUGUGUGCACAAAGCUAAUUACUGAAUUGGCUAUUGGUGGAUAA